AGCACCCUUUUUGUGAGGACACGAGACGCUGCACAAACCGCGGCCAUGUUGUAUAAUUUGACCACUCAGUUUACCUUGUUGUGCGCAGGGAAGUGACAUUGACUGGGUUCCUCCGGUCGGAACAUACCACGUUUCUUAAACGAGGGGACAUCCUGUAUCAAAUUAUAACAAUCGUAAAUUACUAGAGAUAUUUAUUUUAUCAAUACAUUUUACAGUAAUAUAUUGUGUAGUAAGUUAAUAGACUCUAGACUUCUAUUAACUUCUAUACAAUCGUUUAAAAUAUCUACAUAAGAGCAAUUAUAAGUGAAUUCCCCACCUCUAUCCGGUUGGACAAAAUAAAUACUUCAUGGAGAGAAGUUGUGUGAUGGUUAUUCUCCGGUAGAAGUGAAAGUGGUUUGAAUUGAACUGAAAGGUUUGAUUCAUUUUUCAAGACAUUCUCCAUGAACAACUUGAAUGAGCCCCCAGUAUGGAACAUCAGACCAAACCAGAGGGGGGAUGGCGAUGGGAACAAAUGGAACUAUGCUCUUCUCGUGCCCAUGCUUGGCCUGGCAGCUUUUCGGUGGAUAUGGUCAAGAGAGUCACAAAGGCAGAUCCAGGAGGUUAAAUUCAGGUAUGACAAAGACAUGAAGGCCAUCUCCAAGGAGCUGGAGGUGAAGUACAAGGAGACCCUGACGGAGAACCGGCGGACGGUGGCUCACCUGGAGCUGGAGCUGGAGAAGGAGCGGCAGCGUGUGCAGGGUUACCGGCAGGCCCUGGCCUCCCAGAGCCAGCAGCUCCUGGAGGAGCGUCGGGGGCUGCAGCAGGAGCGCCAGGCGCUGGAGAAGGAGAAGGAGCGACUGCUGCAGUCUGGGAGCGUCGGGGCCCUCCUCCAGACCGCGCUGGAGCGGGAGAGCGGGUGGCAGCGCCGGGCGACGGCGGUCCUCCGGGAGUUUGAGGUCGAGCUGGUGGAGAGGCAGAACGCCUUCUGCAGCGUCCUCAUUCCCCGUGAGCGCCGAAUGGAGAUGGAGAGGAACCUGCUGGUCAGGGCGGCCAAGGAGCCCCUGGGCUCGGAGCUGAACAUGGAGGCCGACCUCAAGGACAUUUUCAAAAUGGACCGGCACUGCGCAGACCUGCUGAACACGGACAAACGCAGGAACGGCAGUUUGAUGUGGCUGUACCUCAGGCACUGGGAGCAGCAGGUCGCACUGCAGAAACACAGGAGGGCAGAGGCUGCCCUGCUGAACCCACAGUCAGACCUGAAGUGAUCUUGCUGGGUUCAUGGUAAAGAGAGAGAUAUAGUCAUCAGAAAAAGUGUAGGUUUCAUGUAAAUUGCAAGUUCUGGAAAAAUCCAUUCGCUGUAAAACAAAUUGCUUGGGUCACGAAGGCUGAUGCACAACUUAAGGCUUUUGUUACUUCAAUUAGUCGAUGUUAAUUGCAGCUUCACAAGUCACCACAGUACAACUGAUCAAAGAAAUGAUCACCUUUACUACUCAGUCACCAUAAUUGGCUUAUGUGAAAAUAAGGGAGUGCCAGCCCAUAUUAAUAACAUUAAUUAUGUUUUAGGUCUCAGCUUGUUGGACUGUUUUAGCUAAACCGUUCACUUGCAUAUGACUGGCACAUUGUUCCUAUGCUUUGGAUGGUAUCCUUUUAACCAUUCAUUUCAAGAAGAGGGACCAUGGUGCACAAAAGUAAAAAAAAUGACAGUGUUAUUGAUGACAUUUUGUAAGUGGUCAAAGCCAAAGGUAUUAACUUGAGCAUGGAGGAAAAAACGAUGUUCCUUGCUUCUUCCUUUUUAUCCCCUAAUUUGGCUAACUCUGCGUCUCACUACAGCCGCACCCUUUGUCACAUCCCAGCAGUAAAGGCUAGUACCAAGCUCACACUUGUCAGAAGCAUGAUUGAAACCAUUUACUAUACUUCAAUAACUGUCAUAAAAGACUUAAAAAAAUAAUAAUAAUAAUAAAUUUGACAAUCCACCCUCCUUUGCUGAAUAUUUUAUACUUUAUUCAGAUGGGGAAAGCGGAGAGGGAAACAAAUGGAGAAAGGAUUAUAGGUCAGAGGGUCCCUUGGUGGGGAUCAAAUCCCCAGCUAUGCAGGUAGAUUGGCAUAUGGGUAGAGAAUUGGCAGACUAUGCUAUUUUUUAUUGGACUUUUACAACCCUACAUUCACUACCAUUGAACAGACAUCUAGAUUAAAUGCUCAUUACUUUAUAGUCAUGUUAAAUGUAGUAGCAAUGCAAUGAUCAUGUCAUGAUGUGAUUCAAAGGUGGUGCAGUAGUGUGCAGUGAAAGAGGCGUUACGUCCACCAUUGGAAAUUCUCUCUCACAUCACACACAACCAGAGUGACUGACCCAGUUAUGAAACAACUUGCUUAUCAGGUAUGAACUAUCCCUCUGUAUUUGUAAUUUUAAAUUAAUUGGAGCCAUUUCUUGUUCACCCUUUCAGCGUCAGUUGUGCAAAUGUGUCUUCUAUGUAAUACAUGUUGCAAACCGUGUGAGAAUAAAGAAAAAAUGAAACUGCA